GUUAUUAUCUGUGUGUGGUGGUUUUUGAUCCAUGACUCACUGGUGUGAACGUUUCACUGUACACACACACACACACGCACGCGCGCGCACGCACACUUUGAUGACCCACAGUCUGCUCGUUUCCGAAAGCUCACGGAGAUUCACCGAGCAGCGACCCGGCCCCUCCCGGCCCCCUCCUCCGCGCUACAGCGACUCUCCCCUCGGCUCCACUCCGAGGAGGAACCCGGUGCCCCUGGCCGACCGCUUCCAGUUACGUUGCCCCCAAGAUGGAGGUCUGCAGAUGGCACUGCUAGCGUUCACCCGCCGCCGCGACCGUCCGUGUGUCUUCGAUGACGCUUUCGUCGGGACAGAAGUGAUUUGGUGCCAUCUUUUUGUCGAUUUUCUGGGGGAUUUACUCGGGAGAUAUUGAGCUCCGGGCGCGGGUCGAGGCAGCCAUGAGCUCCGGGGAAGGAGCGGAGGAGACGACGAAGGACGCCAGCGACAUAACGCCGUAUUUGAAGAGCGAUGGAUCCCUCCCAAAAGAGCCCAAAGGAGAUGUAUCGAGUCAGAUUGCAGGUUUCAGGAGAAAUGAGGAGAUGAGAGCAAUGGAGGUGCUUCCCAUCCUCAAAGAAAAAGUUGCCUUUUUGUCAGGUGGCAGAGACAGACGCGGUGGUCCAGUGUUAACGUUUCCAUCACGCAGCAACCAUGACAGAAUACGAACGGACGAUCUGAGGAGACUGAUCGCCUACCUCGCCGGCAUCCCCAGCGAGGAGGUGUGUAAACAUGGCUUCACGGUCAUCGUUGAUAUGCGUGGCUCCAAGUGGGACAGCAUCAAGCCUCUGCUGAAGAUCCUGCAGGAGUCGUUUCCGUCCUGCAUCCACGUCGCCCUCAUCAUCAAACCAGACAACUUCUGGCAGAAGCAGAGGACCAACUUUGGCAGCUCCAAGUUCGAAUUUGAGACCACCAUGGUGUCACUAGAGGGCCUCACAAAGGUCGUGGACCCCUCCCAGCUGACGGCGGACUUUGAUGGCAGUCUGGACUACAACCACGAAGAGUGGAUAGAGGUGCGUGUGGCGUUUGAGGAGUUCUCAGGUCACGCUACACAGAUGCUGGCCCGACUAGAGGAGAUGCAGGAAAUUGUUUCAAGGAAAGACUUCCCACAAGACCUGGAGGGAGCCAGAAGGAUGAUAGAGGAGCACGCCACACUGAAGAAGAAAGUCAUUAAAGCCCCAAUAGAGGAGCUGGACACUGAGGGUCAGAGGUUAUUGCAACGCAUCCAGAGCAGCGAGUCUUUCUCCAACCGCAACGGAAGCAGUGGUGGCAGCGGCAGCAGCAGCGGGAGCAGUGGGGUCUGCAACGCAGACACCCAGGGACUGGUGCCACGAAUCACUCAACUGCUGGACAAGCUGCACUCCACCCGGCAGCACCUCCACCAGGCCUGGCACGUCCGCAAGCUGCAGCUGGACCAGUGCUUUCAACUCCGCCUGUUCGAACAGGACGCAGAGAAGAUGUUUGACUGGAUCAUGCACAACAAGGGUUUGUUCCUGGCAGGCUACACUGAGAUUGGCAAUAACCACCCCCACGCCGUUGAGCUCCAAACCCAGCACAACCACUUUGCUAUGAACUGCAUGAACGUGUAUGUGAAUAUCAACCGCAUCAUGUCAGUCGGUAACCGGCUGCUGGAGUCGGGUCACUACGCCUCGCAGCAGAUUAAGCAGAUCUCAGGUCAGCUGGAACAGGAGUGGAAGGCAUUCGCCGCCGCUCUGGAUGAACGCAGCACGCUGCUAGAGAUGUCUGCCAGCUUCCACCAGAAAUGUGACCAGUACAUGAGUAACGUGGACUCGUGGUGUAAGGCGUGCGGCGAGGUGGAUUUACCCUCCGAACUGCAAGACCUCGAAGACGCCAUUCACCAUCACCAAGGCCUGUAUGAACACAUCACUGCUGCUUACUCUGAGGUGAGCCAAGAUGGCAAAGCCCUGUUGGACAAACUGCAGCGACCUCUGACCCCAGGCAGUGCUGAUUCUCUGACAGCCUCUGCAAACUACUCAAAAGCGGUGCACCACGUCUUGGACAUCAUCCACGAGGUUCUACACCACCAGAGACAGCUGGAAAACAUCUGGCAGCACCGCAAAGUGCGACUGCACCAACGUCUGCAGCUCUGCGUCUUUCAACAGGACGUCCAGCAGGUGCUGGACUGGAUAGAAAACCACGGCGAGGCCUUUCUCAGCAAACACACAGGUGUCGGAAAGUCCCUGCACCGAGCUCGAGCUUUACAGAAACGACAUGAAGACUUUGAGGAAGUGGCGCAGAACACAUACACCAAUGCCGACAAGCUACUGGAGGCGGCAGAGCAGCUGGCCCAGACGGGAGAGUGCGACCCAGAGGAGAUAUACCAGGCCGCCCACCAGCUAGAAGACAGAAUCCAAGACUUUGUUCGCCGCGUGGAGCAGCGCAAAGUCCUGCUGGACAUGUCUGUCGCCUUCCACACGCACGUCAAAGAGCUCUGGACGUGGCUGGAGGAGCUACAGAAGGAGCUGCUGGACGAUGUUUACGCCGAGUCUGUGGAGGCCGUCCAAGAUCUGAUCAAACGCUUCGGCCAGCAACAGCAGACCACCCUGCAGGUCACCGUCAACGUGAUCAAGGAGGGAGAGGACCUCAUCCAGCAGCUCAGGGACUCCGCCAUCUCCAGCAACAAGACGCCCCACAACAGCUCCAUCAACCACAUUGAGAGCGUCCUGCAGCAGCUGGAUGAGGCACAGGCGCAGAUGGAGGAACUCUUCCAGGAGAGGAAGAUCAAACUGGAACUCUUCCUGCAGCUACGGAUCUUUGAGAGGGAUGCAAUUGACAUCAUCUCAGACCUGGAGUCGUGGAACGAGGAACUGACAGGUCAAAUUAAUGAUUUUGACACUGAGGACCUGACGCUGGCCGAGCAGCGGCUGCAGCACCACGCCGACAAGGCUCUGACCAUGAACAACCUCACCUUCGACGUCAUCCACCAGGGUCAGGAGCUGCUGCAGUACGUCAAUGAAGUCCAGGCCUCUGGUGUGGAGCUGCUGUGUGACCGGGAUGUCGACAUGGCCACAAGAGUUCAAGACUUGCUGGAGUUCCUCCACGAGAAACAGCAAGAGCUGGACUCGGCAGCUGAGCAGCACCGCAGGCACCUGGAGCAAUGUGUCCAACUGAGACACCUGCAGGCUGAAGUCAAACAGGUUCUGGGUUGGAUUCGUAAUGGUGAGUCGAUGCUGAAUGCUGGUUUAAUAACAGCCAGCUCCCUGCAGGAAGCGGAACAACUGCAGAGGGAACAUGAACAGUUUCAACAUGCCAUUGAGAAAACUCACCAGAGUGCUCUGCAGGUUCAGCAGAAGGCGGAGGCUCUGCUCCAGGCCAACCACUACGACAUGGACCUGAUCAGAGACUGUGCAGAGAGUGUGGCGUCCCACUGGCAGCAGCUCAUGCUGAAGAUGGAGGACAGACUCAAGCUAGUUAACGCCUCUGUGGCCUUCUACAAAACCUCUGAACAGGUGUGCAGUGUGUUGGAGAGCCUGGAGCAGGAGUAUAAGAGAGAAGAGGACUGGUGCGGAGGAGCCGACAAACUGGGACCCAACUGUGAAACGGACCAUGUCAGCCCCAUGAUCAGUAAACACCUGGAGCAGAAGGAGGCUUUCCUCAAGGCGUGCACUCUGGCCAGAAGAAAUGCAGACGUCUUCCUCAAGUACAUGCACAGGAACAGUGUCAACAUGCCCGGGAUGCUGAGUCAUGUCAAAGCACCAGAGCAACAGGUUAAAAACAUCCUCAAUGAGCUGCUACAGAGAGAGAAUCGUGUUCUCCACUUUUGGACCAUGAGGAAACGCCGGCUGGACCAGUGUCAGCAGUAUGUGGUGUUUGAACGCAGUGCCAAACAGGCUCUGGAGUGGAUUCACGACACUGGGGAGUUUUACCUGUCCACACACACCUCCACUGGCUCAAGUAUCCAUCACACACAGGAACUGCUGAAGGAGCAUGAGGACUUCCACAUCACAGCCAAGCAAACUAAGGAACGUGUGAAGCUGCUGAUCCAGCUGGCUGAUGGCUUCUGUGAGAAAGGCCACAGUCAUGCUGGAGAGAUUCAGAAAUGGGUGACGGCUGUGGACAAACGCUACAGAGACUUCUCCCUGCGUAUGGAUAAGUACCGCUGCAGCCUGGAGAAAGCCCUGGGCAUCUCCUCGGACUCCAACAAGGCAAGUAAAGAUCUCCAGUUGGACAUCAUCCCAGCCACCGCUCCGGGGUCAGAGGUCAAGCUGAGGGAUGCCGCUCAUGAGCUGAAUGAGGAGAAGCGCAAGUCGGCCCGCCGAAAGGAGUUCAUCAUGGCAGAGCUGAUUCAGACAGAAAAAGCCUACGUACGAGACCUGCGGGAGUGCAUGGACACUUACCUGUGGGAGAUGACCAGUGGAGUUGAAGAGAUUCCUCCAGGAAUCAUCAACAAGGAGCACAUCAUCUUUGGAAACAUGCAGGACCUCUAUGAAUUUCACCAUAACAUCUUUCUUAAAGAGCUGGAGAAAUAUGAGCAGCUUCCAGAAGAUGUUGGCCAUUGCUUUGUCACAUGGGCCGAUAAGUUCCAGAUGUAUGUGAACUACUGCAAGAACAAACCCGACUCCACCCAGCUCAUCCUGGAGCAUGCUGGGAACUAUUUUGAUGAAAUUCAACAGAGGCACCGACUGGCCAACUCCAUCUCUUCCUACCUGAUCAAGCCUGUGCAGAGAAUCACCAAGUAUCAGCUCCUGUUGAAGGAGCUGCUGACUUGCUGUGAAGAAGGUAAAGGAGAGAUAAAGGACGGGCUGGAAGUGAUGCUCAGUGUUCCUAAGAAAGCCAACGAUGCCAUGCACCUCUCUAUGCUGGAAGGUUUCGAUGAAAACAUCGAGUCCCAGGGAGAGCUCAUUCUCCAGGAGUCCUUCCAGGUCUGGGAUCCGAAGACUCUGAUCCGUAAAGGUCGAGAGCGCCACCUCUUCCUCUUCGAGAUGUCUCUUGUCUUCAGCAAGGAGGUCAAAGACUCAAAUGGCCGCAGCAAAUACAUCUAUAAGAGCAAACUCUUUACAUCAGAGUUGGGGGUGACAGAGCACGUAGAAGGAGACCCCUGUAAAUUUGCUCUAUGGGUCGGACGCACCCCAACCUCAGACAACAAGAUUGUACUCAAGCUAAGUCAGGGAUCCAAACAUGGAGCCAUGGCGUCGAGCAUCGAGAACAAGCAGGACUGGAUCAAGCACAUCAGGGAGGUGAUCCAGGAGCGCACCAUUCACCUGAGAGGAGCCCUCAAAGAGCCCAUUCAUAUCCCUAAAGCAACAACAGCCAAGCACCACAAGGGACAAAGGGAUAGAGAGGACCUGGACAGUCAGGGUGAAGGCAGCAGCCAACCAGACACCAUCUCUCUGGCGUCCCGCACCUCUCAGAACACGCUGGAUAGCGACAAGCUCUCUGGUGGCUGUGAGCUGACUGUGGUGAUACACGACUUCAUGGCCAGCAACAGCAACGAGCUGACUGUGCGCCGCGGCCAGACGGUGGAGGUUCUGGAGCGUUGUCACGACAAGCCGGACUGGUGCCUGGUCAGGACCACAGACCGCUCCCCGGCCCAGGAGGGCUUGGUUCCCUGCGCUAUGCUCUGUAUCGCCCAUUCCAGGUCCUCCAUGGAGAUGGAGGGCAUCUUCAACCACAAAGACACUCUGUCAGUGUGCAGCAAUGACUCCAUCAUGCCAGGGUCGUCCGCCACACUUCAGCCUGGUCACGGCAUUGGCUCUCACACCUCACCAGGGCCCAAACGACCAGGUAACACCCUGCGGAAGUGGCUCACCAGCCCAGUGCGUCGGCUAAGCAGCGGCAAGGCAGAUGGCCACGUGAAGAAGCUGGCUCACAAGCACAAGAAGAGCCGCGAUGUGAGGAAGAGCGGGGAGAUGACAAUGGGCUCGCAGAAAGACUCCGACGACAGCGCCGCUACACCUCAGGAUGAGACUGUGGAGGAGAGGGUUCGUAACGAGGGCCUGUCGAGCGGCACAUUGUCCAAGUCCAGUUCUUCAGGCAUGCAGAGCUGCGGCGAGGAGGAGGGCGAGGAAGGUGCUGACUCUGUGCCACUGCCUCCACCUAUGGCCAUCCAACAGCACAGCCUGCUGCAGCCAGACUCACAGGACGACAAGCAUUACCUUGAUUUAUGUCCUGUCUUUGCUUUGUCUCAGUUUCCAUACCUCUCCAUCUAAAAUGCCCUGCUCUUCCCCCCUCUGUCUCUUCCCUCAGUCAACUCUUGGAUUCUCUUUUUUUUUUUCCUCCAACUCUUCAGCUUUAACUGCUACUCACUUUCUAGUUUGAAAACAGAUGAAGCACGCAGCUUUUUGUAGACUUUCUUCUUUUUAAACUACACC